UGUACACUUAACUUGUAUGUCAACACAGUAUCUAUAUAUUUUCUAUAUACAAAGAUAACGGCAUAAGCUUUGCCAUACUCUUGCAUAAGUGUGCUCAAAUCGCGUACAAACCUCACUAUCUGUAUACUUAUCUAUAACUUCUAUCUGCAAUCAUGGAUCUACUAACUGAGCUCGCAAUCCCCAAAAUAUACGCCGAGGAGGGCACCGGCGAGGCCAAUGCGAUGGUAGGAUGCAAGGUGCAGAUCGUUACUAUGAAGAAGGUACAACCUACAUCCAAUAAGACCGCCACAGAACGCUGGCGUCUGUGUAUCUCGGAUGGAAAGUGGUUUCUAGCAGCCAUGUUGGCCACCCAAUUGAACAACAUGGUGAACGACGGACACAUUAAGAAGGGUACUAUACUCAUGCUGAAUAACUAUUUGUGUAACACCGUACGCGAGAGGAAAAUUGCUAUUCUUCUGGAUGUGACCGUGGAGUCUAACGAGCACUUAGGCAUCAUUGGCGAUCCCCAGAACUACGAUCCCGUCAGCACCGCGGCAGCACAAAGCACCCAGAACGCUCAGAACGCUCCGGUGAAGAGUGAAGUCAAGCCCAACCCCCCAAUGAAUAAACCCCAGCCGUCAUACAACAACAAUAACAACAACAGCAGUUAUAACAACAACAACAACAUGAUUAAUAACACGAGAGUCACUCCUUCGCCCAGUCGUGGCGGUGGCACCACCGUACCCAUUAAGUCACUGAAUUGUUACCAGAACAGAUGGUCAAUCAAGGGCCGUUGUGUGAUGAAGGGCGACUAUCGUCACUGGAACAACGACAAGGGAUCGGGCAAGCUAAUCUCGUUCAAUCUGAAGGAUACCACCGGCACAAUCAAGAUGACGGGCUUCAACGAAGUGGCCGAGACCAUCAUGGAAAACAUCCAGAGCACUAAAGUGUAUACAAUAUCGGGAGGAGAGGUCAAAUUUGCCAACCAGAGAUACAACACAACCGGUCACCAGUGCGAAGUCACACUCAAUAAAUCGUCUGUCAUUACGGAGAUGCCCGAUGACGAGGCACCAGGAAUUCAGUACAAUUUCGAAAAGAUUGGAAACAUCAACGACCAAGUGAAGGAUGCUACUGUAGAUGUGAUCGGUGUGAUUUCGGUGGUCAACGACUGUGUCAACAUCAGGACUCGUGCCGGCGGCGAUGUGACCAAAAGGGAUAUGACGCUCAUCGACGAUUCAAACAAGGCUAUCAACAUAACGCUCUGGGGAGCCACAGCUACUGAUUUCGACAAGCAAGAGGGAUCUAUUUUGGCUGUGUCGAAUGCACGUGUAGGUGACUAUAAUGGUCGCACCCUAUCCGCUUCCAGAGAUAGCAUGGUACUAUCAGAUCCCAAUAUCCCCGACGCACACAGACUUCGAGGCUGGUACGAUAAGAUUGGCAAGAACACACAAGUCGAGUCACUAUCGGCUGGUGGUGUAGGGGGAGCACAGCGAUGGGAUGACGAGCGUAUCACACUUGGCGGCAUCAGUUCCGGCCCCAAGUUGGAGCAACUUCAGAGCACCAGCAAGCCGCUCUACUUUAUUACUUCCGGGUACAUUGACGUGAUCAAAAAGGAGAACUUCAUUUACAACGCAUGUCCCGAUUGCAACAAGAAAAUUUCGGAACAAGGCAGUGGCUACCAUUGCGAGAACUGUUCAAAGGACUUCAGCGAGGCGUCUAAGCGUCUUAUGCUGAGUAUGUGCUUGUAUGAUACCGAAGGUAACACGUGGGCAACCGCUUUCCACGAGACUGCACAAGACAUCCUUGGCAUAUCGGCUGAAGAUCUCUACACUCUUUCCAUGAACGACCCAGACGCAUUCGAAGCGAAAAUGAACGAUGCCAAAUUCAGGCACCUGCUGAUCAAGCUGCGGGCCAAGAUGGAUACCUACAAUGAUGAGUCGCGUGUGCGUUGCAAUAUCAGCGCCGUUAAGGCGAUAGACUACCUGGCCGAAUCAAAGCGAAUGCUGAGCGAAAUCAAGCAAGCAGGGUUUGCGUAGACACUGAGACCUCUGUUACUUCAUAGGAGACGGAGCCGGUUAUAAAGAAUAUAUCCCUUAGAGAAUUUGUCCGAAGACGCUGGGUCCCACAAUUUUAUGGCUAAAUAGCUGCAUCA